AUGUUUUUCAAAUACAAAAAUUUACUUGAUAAUUUAAUUAAACAAAUCUGUAAAGAUUGUGACAUUGAUCUUGGUGAACAACACAUAAUCAACUAUUCUAUGAGAACAAUUGUCAUAAUGCAAUUAACAACUUUAGGUGUUUCUGCUAAUGAAAUUAUGGCAUAUAGUGGAUACCGUUCACCUGCUGGUUUAAAUUCUUAUCAAACUAUUCCUAAAAAUCAGAUGCUUAGCAAUGUAUCGUCUUUAAUUCAUUCAGAAUUAUGUAAUGAAGAGGAACCUCUUUUAGAAAAGUUAAUAGAAAUGGUCAUCUAA